AUUUUUUUUUGGAGGUGGUAAUCUCGCCCAGCCAUCAUCAGCUUGUUCCAUCGCCUUCUAAAUAAACGUCCUGGAGGAGGAGGAGGCUGAUGAUGAUGAUGAUGAUGAGGAGGAGGAUGCGCACGACCAUGGUCUCCACGCACGCUUGCCCAUCAGGGACGUCGCAGCAGUGAAGAUGUUCUGCGCCAGGCUGAAGGAACUUCAAAUAUCCGGAGAGUGUCCCUUCUCCAAAAGCCAGCAGCAGCACCGUCGUCACCAGCAGCGGCGUGAGGACGAGGAUGAUGAUGAGGAGGGCGAGAAGGAGAAGGGAGCAGAAUUGGGGGAAAGCUCCGCAGCGGCAGGCGACGUCUGCACAGCGGGGGUCUUGCCCGUUUCUGACGGCAAAAAGGACGGGGAGGAUCCACUCCGAGCGAGGAGCAGCCGAGGCAAAGUUAACCUACAUACGCUCGGGGAGAGCAUCCGAAAACUGGCAUGUCCCGAGUUUCAGAGGCUGCACAGCGCCCUGCAAAGAAUGAUGAGAGUUCAAGCCGGGGAUUCUGAGAGCGCCGCAGUUUGUGGCAUGGACUGUAAGGACGAAGCCGAGCAUCUCACGGAGAUGAUGAAUACUCACUCGGCCAAAACAGCUGCCGUCGACUCCCCUGAGACACUGCGCGUCAACACACUCGUGGACGUACACCUCCGACUAUCAGCGAUCCCGAUGGAAGCCUUGAAAGUGUCUUUUGGCGAGGAGCUGUUCCGCAUGUGCUACGAGGAGGACGGACACAUUCUGAGAGUGGUGGGGGGCGCGCUCCACGACUUCCUCAACAGUUUCAACGUCCUCCUCAAGCAGAGCAAUGCACCCAAAGCGGGCGGGGGGGAUUGCGUAAGCGAGGCGUCCGUGCUGUGCUUAGACAAGGAUCCUGGUCUGCUUACUGUCUACUUCUUCAACCCUCGCCCCACCACUGAGCUCUUCUUCCCAGGGGUCAUCAGGGCAGCGGCCCGCCUGCUCUAUCACAUCACGGUGGAAGUGUUGAUGGAUCCGCCCACGGCCAAAGACAGUAUCCUGCAGUCCAACCCGCAGCCCAGUCUUCUAUACACAGUGCUCGUCAAGGGGGAUAAGAACCUAAGCCCCAGUCCGCUGAGGGCCACCUCAGCUGGGACUCUUCCUACCUCUCUGUUCUCCACCAUCUUCCCCUUCCAUCUCAUCCUCGACCAGGACUUGGUUCUGGUGCAAAUAGGACACGGGCUCAGGAAGAGACUGACCAGGAAGGAUGGCCUUCGGCGUCCUUCUGUCUUCCAAGAACACUUCUCCAUCGUUUGCCCUCAGAUUAAAUGCACCUUUCAAUGUAUCCUGACUAUGCUCAACACCCAGUUUGUCAUCCGGAUAAAGCACGGGGUUUCUGGAGCAGACAGCACGGGCAAGCUGAUGGACCUUAAGGGCCAAAUGAUCUACGUUUCCGAAUCAAACGUGAUCUUGUUCUUGGGAUCACCAUGCGUGGAUAAGCUGGAGGAGCUAACGGGUCGUGGCCUCUACCUGUCCGAUAUCCCUAUUCAUAAUGCGCUACGUGACGUGGUCUUGGUGGGCGAACAGGCUAAAGCCCAGGACGGUCUGAAGAAACGUCUCGGGAAGGCCAAAUCGGCCUUGGAGCAGGCUCACCAAGCACUUGAGGAUGAGAAGAAGAAAACGGUGGACCUUCUAUUCUCCAUCUUCCCUGGCACCGUGGCGCAGCAGCUGUGGCAAGGUCAAACGGUACAAGCCAAGAAGUUUGAACGGGUCACCAUGUUGUUUUCUGACCUAGUGGGCUUCACCGCCGUUUGCUCGCUCUGUACGCCCAUGCAAGUGAUCACCAUGCUCAACGAGCUGUACACCAGGUUUGACCACCAAUGUGGGGAGCUUGAUGUUUACAAGGUGGAGACCAUUGGGGAUGCAUAUUGUGUAGCUGGUGGCUUACAUAAGGAGAGUGAGACUCAUGCAGUCCAGAUUGCACUCUUGGCCUUAAAGAUGGUAGAACUUUCAGACGAAGUUAGGACACCAACUGGAGAACCGAUACAGAUGCGUAUCGGCCUCCACACUGGGUCGGUACUGGCCGGUGUAGUCGGGGUAAAGAUGCCACGUUAUUGCCUUUUCGGAAAUAACGUCACAUUGGCCAACAAGUUCGAAUCCUGCAGCCAACCUCGGAAAAUCAACAUCAGCCCGACGACGCACAGAUUGCUGAGGGACCGUCCAGAGUUUGUCUUUAUUCCCAGGAGCAGGCAGGAGCUUCCGGCCAACUUCCCAGAGGACAUCCCUGGAGUUUGUUACUUUUUAGAGGCUUCCUUCAAAACAUAACAACUGACUCGGAUAUGAUGUCCAGCUGCUGCAAAGCUCACGACUAUUGGAUAUGAACUCUCAACCAGUCUCGUUUAUUUUGGAGUUGUUCAGAGAGUGACGCUAAGAUCUCGCUAAGUGUCCAUCGCUCCAUCGGUUAUUUGAAAAGUACAGUUAUGUUGCAUCACAGAUAACUGGGAAGUCUGAUAUUUUACUUCAAAAUGAACAUUGGGAUGUUUGCAAAGCAAUUUGGAAAGUUACUGAAAGACAGUAGUAGUCUCUUUCCAACAUCAACUUCCUGCUUCAGAGUCAUAACAGUAGAGAGAGCAUUUAUUUUUCUGUGCCUUUCACACAGAACCCAAUGAAGAGGGAUAUUGUUGUACCAGUAAUGGUUUGAUUAACAUCAAACUAUUGGUGUCACGCAAAUAGCAAUAAUUGCCGUCAACACAACAGGAAGUCUGCAGUGAGUCCCAUCAUUACAGCGUUCACAAUUUACACAGGCUCUGUUACUACCUCAGAAUGUUGGUGGAAAUUUAAUUGUCUGAUUCAAAGACAAAGCAAACAGUAGCUUGAUCAUCUUGGGCGUCAGCCAUGUUUUAUUUGUUUUCGUGAGAAUGGCACAUUGGACUUUGUAAGCUGCAAGUGGGAUAUUUCUGACUUCCCAGCAGUCUCCGAUGCAGCAUUAAUACCAGUCUGAGAAAGAUAGCACUGUAUCCUCCAUACCAAUAGGGGGCAGCAAAAAAAUUACAACAAGUUGGCAUGCUUAAAUGAAAUAUAGACAAAUAAAUGCUAGUGCUGUGCAAUAUAAGCACAACAAUGUAUUCUGAUAUAAACAAUUGUAUAGCUCGAUAACAACAUAUUUGCCCGUUUCAGGCAUGAGGGUACCCUUUGAUAGGAACAUUUCUAUCGGCACAAAGUAUGGCCACGCAAGCCCCGAGAGAAAACUUUGAAAAUCAGGACUACAUUUCCUGCAAUUGGUUGCAUUUCUAAACUAUAUUUUACCUUUGGAUUUAUUCUCAUCUACCAACCUCUUUUGUCUGUCUUUUUUACCCUUACAUGUCUCAUGUCAUGUACCACAGUUUUUUUUGUAGUUUUCUUAAUAGAUAAUGUACUAACAUUAUUAUUCUUGAAAAUGUACUGUAAAAUUCUAUAACAUGCGAGAACUCAGAAAAACCUUUUCCAUUUGGUAACUCUAUCCUGUAUUCACGCCUCCUCGGAUAAUAUACUUCUGGUGUCGUGACCUCUGUUUACAAAUAAAAUUAUAUUCUCAUUGGCUAGUAACAAAUAGUCUAGAACAGGGGUCUCAAACCCAAUUUACCUUGGGGAUGCAGAAACUGGGUGAGGCUGGGCCGCAAGAAAAGAUUUCUUGAAAAAUCUGACAUGCACUUUUUAAUGAUUUCACCUUUUUAGAAUGGCUUUCCCACCCUAGCAACAUAAUUGCAAAUCCUCCCAAAUUUCAGUGCACCUCCUGACAAUCUGCCGAAUUUGUCCUGAUUUUCACCCGGCCGACAUUAUUGAGGGCGUGCCAUGAUAGCACUGCCUCUAUCAUCCUCUACAACAUGUCAUCGCACCCGCUUUAACAUCAUAUAAACAGCAUGCCGGCCCAGCCACAUGUUGUAUGAAGCUUCUGCAGACACACCUAAGUGAAUGCAAUGCAUACUUGGUCAACAGCCAUACAGGUCACACUGAAGGUGGCAGUAUAAACAACUUUAAGACUGUUACAAAUAUGCGCCACACUGUGAAUCCACACCAAACAAGAAUGACAAACACAUUUCGGGAGAACAUGCGCACCAUAACACAACAGAACAAAUACCCGGAACCCUCUGCAGCACUAACUCUUCCGGGCUACAAUAUACACCACCUAAUAUUACUCAUUUGUAGUGGUCUUUCUUGAACUAUUAUGAAAAAAAGAUAUAAAAGUAGCCCUGCGAUGAGGUGGCGACUUGUCCGCCUUCUGCCCGAUUGUAGCUUAGAUAGGCACUAGCGCCCCCGCCCCCGCAACCGCAAAGUAAAUAAGUGGGAGAAAAUGGAUGGGUAUAAAAGUAACUAAAAACUUGAUGAAAAAUAAGCAAGUGACUCAAUUAUAAAUAAAGAUUUCUACACAUAGAAGUAAUCAUCAACUUAAAGUGCCCUCUUUGGGGAUUGUAAUAGAGAUCCAUCUGGAUUCAUGAACUUAAUUUUAAACAUUUUCUUCACAAAAAAAUAAUAUUUUAAACAUAAACAAUAUUUAUGGAACAUGUCCACAAAAAAUCUAGCUGUCAACACUGAAUAUUGUAUUGUUGCAUUUCUUUUCACAGUUUGUUUAAGUAUUAAUCAAUAAAUAUACUUAUAAAUGAUUUUAGAAUUGUUGCUAUUUUUAAAAAAUGUCACGUACCCCUUGGCAUACCUUCAAGUACUACGCGUACCCCCAUUUGAGAACCACUGUCAUAGUCUGUGCCUUCAACAACAUCAACUCUGUCAGGCUCGUUUGGUGUGUUUUUCAAUCAAUCAAUUAAUCAAUCAAUCAAUCAAUCAAGGUUUAUUUGUAUAGCACCUUACACUCACAAAGUGCUUUACAAGACAAAUAAGUUAAAAUCAAGCAAACCCACGCAAAUUAAAACAGUAGAAAAAACCCCCAAAACAUAUUUUUGUGUUUUGUAGUAAUGUUUGUAUUUUGUCACAUUUUAACACUGUCUUAGCACUGGUCUUCAAGUGAUAGAUAAUAAUAGACGCUAUUAACGUAGAAAGAUUACCCUACUGUUGUUUGGUCGGUGCCUAUCUCAGCUACAAUCGGGCGGAAGGCGGGGUACACCCUGGACAAGUCGCCACCUCAUCGCAGGGCCAACACAGAUAGACAACAUUCACACUCACAUUCACACACAACGGCCAAUUUAGUGUUGCCGAUCAACCUAUCCCCAGCGCCCCCCGCGACCCCAAAAGGGAAUAAGCGGUAGAAAAUGGAUGGAUGGAAGGAUGUUUGGUCGGUCUUACUUUUUUAAAAAAAUUCAAACAAAUAAGUUCCUCUUUUUGGCACCAAAUCUUCUUUGAGUUUUGUUGGUUUAGCUUCCAUUUUGUUUUCCGUGUCUGCUGCAAUGUUGACAUCCAUGCUCCUGCAGGCUCUCGCUUAAAUUUCUUUCAAAAUACAUAAAAAUGCUCCAAAGUAGCAGUGUUGCAGCAACUAGCUGCAGCCCAGACUUUAAAAUAACGAUAUAAACAAGAUCACAAGGUAGACAUUUUUAUAUCGUACUACGAUAUAUAUCGUAAUAUCGCACAGCACUACUACUUCUUACCCAAUGCACUUUACUCAAUCAUUUAUUGCUUUUAUCAUUCUAGCAACAUUUUCCAAAUGAGAUGACAAUGUUGGCAUAAAACAAUGAUAUUGUGAUUAUAACUGUGUCGUAAAUGAGUUAACUUUUUCCCGAAGACAAAUAGCUGAAGAAAGCUUAAAUUAGAGAGACGUUUACAGUGGGUCUGGUUUAGUUUUUUGCCUCAUCCCUAACUUAAAGCGUGCACUACCGACCUAAUUAGACCUGAUAAGUCCGAAACAGAAAUAGAUGAUACGGUCUUAUCUGCUCACAGAUGUUGUUUGAGCACACUGCAGCCCUUUCUGGAUGGUCCCACUCCUUAAAGCAUGGGUGUCAAACUCUGGCCCGCCGUGUAAUUUAAAUUAACAUUAGAGCUGGCCCGCCGGUAUUAUACAGCAGCGGUGCCAAAUUUCAGUGCCCCUCCCGAAAAUCUCCCAGGGCAACCAUUCUUCCGAAUUUAUCCCGAUUUCCACCCGGAUGACAAUAUUGGGGGCGUGCCUUAACGGCACUGCCUUUAACGUCCUUUACAACCUGUCGUCACAUCCGCUUUUCCUACAUACAAAUAGCGUGCCAACAUAAUAUAUGUGGAUUUUACACACAUACGCACACAAGUGAAUGCAUAGCAUACUUGGUCAACAGCCAUACAGGUCACACUGAGGGUGGUUGUAUAAACAAAUUAAACACUGUUACAAAUAUGCACCACACUUUGAACCCACACCAAACAAGAAUAACAAACACUUUUCGGGAGAACAUCCGCACCGUGACACGACAUAAACACGACAGAACAAAUACCCAGAACCCCUUGCAGCUCUAACUCUUUCGGGACACUACAACAUACCCGCCCUCCCCAAGCAAUAAUUAACAUUUUACUCAUGCACUUUCUCUUGCUACUUAAAGGCUUGAAUGUUUGAUUCAUUCAUUAUUGUUAUUUUAUUUGCAAAUUUAUUAUUAGCCGGUGGAAAAAGUUUAUUUUGAUAUUUACCUCAGAGGGCUGCAAAUAGAAAAGAGACAUUCAAAUUUGAUUUAACUUUUAUUUGAUAUGCCAUUGAUAUUUUUUAAUUAUUAUUAUUAUCAUCUAAAACUGGAUUUUACAUGUCACUACAAAGUUAUAUAAGCCUUGCUUGUUCAAUAUUCAAUGCAAAACUUGUUUGGGUCCCUAUUAAAAGGUUAAUUUUUUCAACCUUGGCCCGUGGCUUUGUUCAGUUUUAAAUUUUGGCCCAAUCUGUAUUUGAGUUUGACACCCCUGCCUUAAUGCUUCGGUCACACGCAGGAUUCUCAUAGGAAUGGGGCAAAAAUACUACCUUACCUACCGUAGAUGGGACACUACAGUGCUAGCUUUUUCAGAUUGUAUUUAUCUAUAAAAACGUCGGUUUACGAUCAAACAUACGUCUUGUGCUCAUCUACAGCUGUACAAACAGUCCAAAGUAAGUUAUCAAAUAUUGAUUUUUAAGCCUCAUUUAAGGGAUUUUUGUUCUUCCGAAAAUAUCUUAUAACUGUCCGAAAAUGGAUAGAUGGAUGUUUUGUUGUCAUAUUUGAAUAAGACAAAUGCAAUACGCAAAUAAAUAAAUGCUGGUUAAAAGACAUUAAAUAUGAACAACAUACGAAUGGUAUAGCUUUAUUGGGUUGAUUCAAUGUUAUCAUAGGAAAUCAACUGAAUUCUAGAAAUGUGUUUUUCUGUAAAUAUUUGAACUAUAUUUCUUCCCUGGCUCUUUGCUUGCACCUUGAUGUCAUUGGUAAAAGUGAAAAAAAAAAAAAUCAUAAAAAACACUGAAUUUUCUCUGUGAAUUAGUGAUUUUGGAAAAGAACACAAACCGUAUAAUUUUUUUUUUUUAAGUCAAGAUUUUCUUCGUAAAAUAUUCUACACCAAUAUUCACAGAGCAGAUUUGGGUGCCUUAUGGGAGCAGUAUGGAACAUUUAGUGUUAAAGGUUUUAUCACGUUUGGCUUCCUUUUUUAUGAAUGCAACCAGAAAUUCUUCCAACCAAGUAUAGAUUUGAAAUACUUUCCCCAUAAUGGAGUGUAUUAUUCAUUCCAAUACCCCAGUUUCCUAGUGAAGUAUUUUUACUGUUUUCAGUGUGCACAUUUAUACUCUAUGUAUUACAUUUUUUUCAUUGCACAAACAUAUAACAAAAUAAUCCAAUGAAUGUCCUGUCACCCAUAAUGAUGUGCUUUAAUUGUUACUGUAAUGUAAACAAGAGUGCAAUAAAUAAACUGACUUAUGUGACUGGGAGUCCAAAGCGUGUAUUUAAAAAAAAAAAAGUACCACAAAUGCCAACAGGAGAUUAAACAUAAAAGUAAUGGUUUUGUUCAGGUGUGUCAAACUCGUUUUUUUGUGGGCCACAUUGCAAUUAUGACUGCCGUCAGAGGGCCGCAGACAAGAGUGAAUAUAUAUUGAAAUAAAUGUAUUGUAGCCUUGUUACACAAUUUGCACAGAAAACUAUUCUAGAUGGAUGGAUACUUUGCUUUAAUUGUUGCAGGAUCACAUAAUAUUAAAGAUCCUAUUCCAAUCGGACUAGGAUUAGAUCCUAAUGUGGCCUGAAUCUGAUGCGACAAGAUCAGAUUUGAAGUACAAAAAAAAUCUGAUCUGUGUUACGUGAGGGCAAAAAGAUUUGGUAUACAGUGUAAACUGGGCCUGUUUGAUAUGCCGCAUUAUUUAUGUAGUCCGCCAUGCCGUUUUAUGUACAAACCCCGUUUCCAUAUGAGUUGGGAAAUUGUGUUAGAUGUAAAUAUAAACGGAAUGC